AUGGCGGCGGCCGGGUCGGGAGGGGGCUGCGGAGGACCGCGGCGGGCCACCUGCCUCAGCCCCUACCGCUGCCGUCUCGGCGGCUCCCCCGCGUCCCAGGCCCGGCCCCUCACCGGAGCGAGACGGCGGUCCCCCGGCACCACGGCCGGGAACGGCUGCCCUGGGAAGGCGCGGCAGCCCGGUACAUGGCUUCGGCCGCCGUCGGGGCGCCUGGACCCCGAAAUCGCGCUUGGCUUUCCCACGACUGACAGUGUCCCCUUGAAGUUACUGGCGGCCACAACGAGGGGUGGCCAUGCUGAGCCAGGAGGGAGCCUGCUGGUCAGCAGUGGCCGCUGCUGCUCGCCCCGGGAGGAGGGUGCUGGUGAGGGUAUUUGGUGCUAUACCGGGAAGGUACCAGCGAAAACCAGCAGCAAUAGCUGCCAGGGAAUUGCAUCCCAAGGGGAUAUACAAGCUUUGUCUGCCGUGUGGUUAUUUCACACUGAGGAGCCGGCAGCCCAGGCUGCAGGUGCUACCAAGCUUUUAAAUUCACCUCUUCUCGUCUUUGCAGUUUCUGCUUACUUCUCCGCAUGCUCACGUAACAGGAUACAAGAACUUGCACAACCCAAGAAAGUAUCUCCUGCAAAUGAUCCCAGGCUCGUGUGGGGAAACCAAGAGACCAUCAGGACCCUCUCGUUGGGUGCUAGGACAGCUCAACCAUCCCCAAGAACAGUGGCACUGGCCAAGCCCAAGCAAGAUUUUGGCAAGCACAAGUGCAGAUCUCUCUUCUUGUAUGGCUGUGGACGGGAAUCAACGAUUUGGGAGCGUCCAUUGCUAGAGGAUUUUAGCUUCCCUUCUGAUCGGCUGCUCAAGUUGUCUGAACCUAAAAAAUGCCAGGAUGCUUACCUGCAGCGAAGACCUCGCCAGUCCCCUGAGUGGCGUGUGUCACCAGCUGCACUGAGCUAUAAGGCCACCCCGCGGGUCCUGGAGCUUGCCCAGCCAAAGGUGCUGCAGCCAGAUUUCCUGCUGGCCAGAGAGGUGCCAACAUCAGUCAGCAAAGCGGCAGCCUCAGCCAGAGCUUCCCCGCAGCUGCAGCUCCUGGCAGAGCCAUGCCUCAGGAAGGUGACCUGGUGCUAUGACAACAGCGUCCUGGAAGCCGCCAUCCGCCCGGUUUCCAAGUCAGCUCUGAGGGCAACUGCAAGCCCUUGGAUUCUGGAGCUGGCCAGGGCAAAAAGCUUGCAUCCAGACUACCUGCCCCUGCGGGAUGCUGAGUGGCCAGUGACAAAGGCUGCAAAGCACUCGGUGGCCACACCAAGGCUCGUGGAACUGGCCCAGCCUUGCAAAAGGCUUCCGAUGGACUUGACUCAGUUCGACCCAGAUGCGUUCACAGUGAGUGAGGCUGCUAAGAAGGCGACUUGUUCUGCUCGGAUCCAAGAGUUGGCUCGUCCCGUUAAACGCUGAGCUCGCUCAGAAACACAGCCCACACCAGCUGCCCCCGUCACCCCUUGGAACAUUGCUCUUUGGGCUGUGCUGUGACCUGAAAACCUGCUUGACCACGGGGCAGGGGCAGCACCCAGCAGGAACACUCUUAGCGGGCUUAUCUGCAGUUCA